UUUUGCAGACGAGCAUAAAAAAUAUGGAGAGGGAGCUGCUGUGCCCGGUCUGCAAAGAGAUGUACAAACAACCUCUGGUUUUGCCGUGCAUGCACAACGCCUGCCACAUCUGCGCCACCGAAGUCCUCCUCCAACAGGGCUACAUCUGUCCUGAUCCGACUUCGGAGCCCACUUCCCCGGCGUCCACCCCAGCCACGCGGAGUCCUCGUUUGGGGCGCCGGAUCGUGCCAAAACCGGAGCGCCUGGACCGGCUUCUAAAAUCAGGUUUUGGCACCUAUCCCGGCCGGAAACGGGGUAACGCUUUACACCCACAGAGCGUCCUUUUUCCGUGCCCGCUGUGCCAGCGAGACGUGGACCUGGGCGAGCGAGGUUUGGGCAGCCUCUUCCGGAACCUGACCCUGGAACGGGUGGUGGAGCGUUACCGCCACACCAUCAACGUCAACGCGGCCAUCAUGUGCCAGUUCUGCAAGCCGCCGCAGCUGGAAGCCACCAAGGGCUGCACCGAGUGCAAGUCCAGCUUCUGCAACGAAUGCUUCAAGCUUUACCACCCGUGGGGGACGCAGAAAGCGCAGCACGAACCAAUCGCCCCCACGCUCACUUUCCGUCCCAAA